AUGCCAGUUCGUGCCCCGGAGUGCCCGGCCACGACGGGACCCACCAGCCCGGAUCCCGGAGAGCCUGGCCACGCCGGGCGACACCAUCCCGGUCUUCGGAGAGUUCGAACACGCAGGGCCAUGUCAGCCCGGGCCCCGGACGGCACGGCCACGCCAGCUAGGUCCUCGGAGAGCUCGGCCACGCAGGAUCACGCCAAGUCUCAUUCUGUAGAGCUCGGCCAUCGUGGACACGCGAAGUCGGGUCUUGGAGAGACCGACCACAUCGGACAACUCCAAGUCCAGUCACGGAGAGCACGGCCACGCCUCUCCACGCCAAGUCGGCCCACGGAGAGAACAGCUACGCUGGGCCUCGCCAAAUUGGGCCCCAGAGAUCUCGGCCACGCCGGGCCACGCCAGACCGAGCACUGGAGAGCCCGGCCACGCCAGCCCGGGCCCCGGAGAGCCGGCCACGCCAGCACGGUUCCCGGAGAGCCUGGCCACACCUGCCCGGUUCCCGGAGAGAUCGGACACGCCGGGCCACGCCGGCCCGGGCCCCGGAGAGCACGGCCACGCCAGCCCCGGCCCCAGAUAGCACGGCCACGCCAGCCAGGGCCCCGGAGAGCCCGGCCACGCCGGGCCACGCUAGCCCCGGCCCUGGAGAAGUCGGCCACACCGAGCCACGACUGCCCAGGCACCGGAGAGGCGGCCACGCCGGGCCACGCCAGCCAGGGCACCGUAAAGCACGGCCACGCCGGGCAACACCAGCCCAGGCCCCGGAGGGCCUGGUCAUGCCGGGCUGCGCCAACCGGGGCAGUGGAAAGGCCGGCCAAGCCGGGUCACACCAGACCGGGCCACGGACUGCACGAUCACGCCAGCCAGGCACCGUAG